CCUGCACGUUGACAUUGGUGCAAUAUCCUGAGAGAGGAAGCUUCGGGGCUCACUUCGCAAACAGACAGUGCAGGAUGGGAGCCUCCAUGUCUGUACAUGCUGCUCCUACAGUGAAGGCAGAGGCUAUGAUGGCUGACCCCCCGCAAGGCUGCCCCAUGCACAAAGAAGCUCAGCCUGCCACAGUGUCUCCACCUCCGGGUUGCCCCAUGCAUCAAGCUCAACCGGUCAAAGCGUCUCCUCCGCCCGAGUGUCCGAUGCACAAAGCAGAAGCAGGUCCCGCCCACCAGGACCGCGCCUAUGAGUUUGUGGAGUGUCCCAUGAAAGCUGCGGCAGACAAUAGUGACAUCGACCCAGCAAAUAUGAUGCCUCCUCCGAACCAAACCCCAGCUCCGGACCAGCCCUUCGACCUUUCAAUCUCGAGAGAGGAGUCCAACAUUCCCCGUCACGGUGCAGAGAAGAACUGGGUUUACCCAUCUGCACAGAUGUUCUGGAAUGCUAUGCUGCGAAAAGGUUGGCGUUGGCGUGAGGACGACCUCGCUCCUGUUGACAUGAACAACAUCAUUAAAAUCCACAACCGAAACAAUGAGCAGGCCUGGGAAGAAAUCCUGAGAUGGGAGGCCAUGCAUGCAACUGAAUGUCCAUGUGGGCCGACCUUGAAGAGGUUUGGUGGGAAAGCCAAAGAGUUCUCUCCCAGAGCUCGCAUCCGCCACUGGAUGGGCUACGAGCUGCCUUUUGACCGCCAUGACUGGAUUGUUGACCGCUGUGGGAAGGAGGUGCGCUAUGUCAUCGACUACUAUGAUGGGGAAAUCAACAAAGAAAACUACCAGUUCUCAAUCCUGGAUGUUCGCCCCGCCUAUGACUCUUUAGGUGCCGUCUGGGACCGCAUGAAGGUGGCCUGGUGGCGCUGGACCUCCUAAAGAACUACACAUACACAAAGACUGUUUAUAUGGCUUUCCUCAUUUAAGCUCUGUCCAACAUGUGUGGUGCUGUGAAAAGAAACAAAGAAGACCUGAUAGUUUAUCACUCAGUUUGUCCUACAUACAUGAAGCUUUGUCUGUUAAUCAUAUUGAUUUAUGUGGAGAAUAUAACAACACCCUUGUGCUGCAGUUCACACUUCUUUAAAACAGCAUCGAUGGAAGGAGGUGAUUGUUAAACAGGUCACAUGAUGCUUCACACUGCUUCUGAGAUUCUGUUCCGUUUGCCCUCCAUUCAAAUGUCACCACAGAAAGAGCUUACUUCGAUUUUUACUAAAUCAUAGGAGAUCUGCUUAGUCUGUGGAAAUAGUUUAAUAUCCUCUGUGACUGGAGGAGCUUUAUCAAGUCUGAGAAAAUAAGAUUUAUCACAAACAAUGAAACUCGAAAUUUCAUUCCAACUGCGUUUUCAAAUUCACAGCAUAGGAAUUUGAUUUAAAAGGUUUAUAUCGUUAAUUUGAAAUUAAUUCCUUACAGUAGGCAGGCUAAUUGUAGUCUUUGCAAAAAAGUUCCUCUGUUGGGGCAGAUGGAGAGAAUCACCUUGAGACAACAUUGUCGACCAGAAUAUCCUGUUGAUGGAAAUGUUGUAGAAAUGUACGUUAACAGAAUGUACAUACAGAUCACAUAUGCUUAUAUUUUUAUUCCUGCAGAAAAGGUCCUCAAAUGCACCUCAUAGAUGACAGUAGCUUGUUUAGGGGUUAACUUAGCACUCAGCUGACCAGUUCAUAUACUGUAUUAUUAUGUUCUUGUAGUGUUUAAAUCAAAUUAAAGCUCAAAAUAGCUCAA